GGCCUCGUUUUAGGACCAUUAACCAGAAAAGACUAGUUUCAACUGCUCCUUUUCCUGAUGAGCAAAUGGCCACGAUUCGGACGACUUGCCCGUGGUACCCCACCUAUCGCUGACAGCUUCUUGAAAUAAAAAUAGCCCGCGGAAUUUUAGUUGGAUGUUAGCAUAAGCGAUACUUGAGAUGAAUGUGCUCCAGUAAACACUGACACGAAUUAAAGCAUUUGUUGGUGAGCCUCUCUUGAGAGCGCUUACGCUUGGAGGCCAUGGAUGCCUGUCGAUCUUACCGUUAUUUGAUUUUUGCUUUGGAUGAAUUUGCAAUAAAGUCAGAACAUUUAUGGCUGCAGCUUCUAUUGCCAAUAUUGUAAAAAGUUCUCUUGGACCAGUUGGCUUGGAUAAAAUGUUGGUGGAUGAUAUUGGUGAUGUCACCAUUACUAAUGAUGGUGCAACCAUCCUGAAGUUACUGGAGGUUGAACACCCUGCAGCUAAAGUUCUUUGUGAGCUAGCUGAUCUGCAAGACAAAGAAGUGGGAGAUGGAACUACCUCCGUGGUUAUUAUUGCAGCAGAACUUCUGAAAAAUGCCGAUGAACUAGUCAAACAGAAAAUUCAUCCCACAUCCGUUAUUAGUGGCUAUCGACUUGCUUGCAAGGAAGCAGUGCGUUACAUCAGUGAAAAUCUAAUUAUUAACACAGAUGAACUUGGAAGAGAUUGCCUGACUAAUGCUGCUAAGACAUCAAUGUCAUCAAAAAUUAUUGGGAUAGAUGGUGAUUUCUUUGCUAAUAUGGUAGUAGAUGCUGUACUUGCUAUUAAAUACACAGAUGUAAGAGGCCAGCCUCGCUAUCCAGUCAAUUCCAUUAAUAUUCUGAAAGCCCAUGGGAGAAGUCAAAUGGAGAGUAUGCUCAUCAAUGGCUACGCACUCAACUGUGUCGUGGGAUCCCAGGGCAUGCCCAAGAGAAUAGUUAAUGCAAAAAUUGCUUGCCUUGACUUCAGCCUGCAGAAAACAAAAAUGAAGCUUGGUGUACAGGUGGUUAUUACAGACCCUGAGAAACUGGACCAGAUCAGACAGAGGGAAUCAGAUAUCAGCAAGGAGCGAAUCCAGAAGAUCCUGGCAACUGGAGCCAACGUUAUUCUAACCACUGGUGGAAUUGACGAUAUGUGUCUGAAGUAUUUUGUGGAGGCUGGUGCAAUGGCAGUUAGAAGAGUUUUAAAAAAGGACCUUAAACGCAUUGCUAAAGCUUCUGGAGCAAUGAUCCUGUCAACCCUGGCCAAUUUGGAAGGUGAAGAAACCUUUGAGGCGUCAAUGUUGGGACAGGCAGAAGAGGUGGUACAGGAGAGAAUCUGUGAUGAUGAACUGAUCCUGAUCAAAAACACUAAGGCUCGUACAUCUGCAUCAAUUAUCUUACGUGGGGCAAAUGAUUUUAUGUGUGAUGAGAUGGAGCGGUCUUUACACGAUGCUCUUUGUGUGGUGAGGAGAGUUUUGGAGUCAAAAUCUGUGGUUCCAGGUGGGGGUGCUGUAGAAGCUGCCCUUUCCAUAUACUUGGAAAACUACGCAACCAGCAUGGGAUCUCGGGAACAGCUUGCUAUUGCAGAGUUUGCACGGUCCCUUCUUGUUAUUCCGAACACACUGGCAGUUAAUGCUGCCCAAGACUCCACUGAUCUUGUUGCAAAGUUAAGAGCUUUCCAUAAUGAGGCUCAAGUUAACCCAGAACGUAAGAAUCUAAAGUGGAUUGGUCUUGAUCUGGUUAAUGGUAAACCUCGAGACAACAAGCAAGCAGGGGUGUUUGAACCAACUAUAGUGAAAGUUAAGAGCUUGAAAUUUGCAACAGAGGCUGCAAUUACCAUUCUUCGAAUUGAUGAUCUUAUUAAAUUACAUCCAGAAAGCAAAGAUGAUAAGCAUGGAGGUUAUGAAGAUGCUGUUCACUCAGGAGCCCUGGAUGACUGAUCUGAUUUAUUUAUAAUAACACUGUAAGGUGCAGUUGUCUUAUACCUCGCAUGUUACACAUUAAAGUACAAGCUGUCAAAGCCUUG